CUAACCUUGACACUAGGACGAACUACAACUGCCUCUAAGUUGGAAAGACGCUAUAGUCAGUUUCAAGACCAAUAAGAAGCCAGCUAGCCAACAGCCAAUCAAAAUCUGCCUAUAUCGCUUUUCUCUAAGUUGUUUGCAGACAACGUGGUAUAUUGUUAAAUACUGUCAGCUUAUGACUGUUGAACGUCGCAAAACACUAUGGUAUUUACGAAAACGCUUCCUCGCGCUAGUAGGAAUUUACCAUGUUUGAUCCAAGUAACGAGGAAAUUUUUGUUUGCACACUCUCAAGCUUAUUCAUCGUAGAUUUUCGUAUAUUCUGGGGAUAGAAACGAGUUGCGAUGAUACGGGUGCAGCAGUAUUUAGUGCGUCCGGCAAACUUAUGGGAGAUUCACUGUCUUCUCAGACAAGUACUAGUGUCAUGUAACUAGAUUUCACUAAAACCUAAAUUACGUACUUCGCAGGUUAGGAGGUGUGCUACCACCCGUAGCAGCUGAACUACACAAAAAGCAUAUUGAGUCAGUUGUUCUGGAUGCUGUUAGUAAGUCUGAUAUUCGGUUACAGGUAUUUGAGAAAAUUGUGCUUUGAAUAAUAUUUCAAAAUAGGAUUUGAGCUAUGUCGGUGUUACUGUAAAACCAGGCAUGUCAUUGUCUUUGAAAGUUGGAGUAGAUUUUGCGAAGACUCUGGCAACACAGCUAAGGAUUCCUAUCAUACCAAUAGAUCACAUGGAAGCUCAUGCGCUAACAGCUCUGUAUACUGAUCCCAAGUUGGAAUUCCCCUACUUGAUCCUUUUAAUUAGUGGUGGUCAUGGUCUUUUGGGUAUUGUUCAGGGAGUCGAGGACUACAUUUUACUAGGUACAGCGUUAGAUGCUUCUCCAGGUGAUGUUCUUGAUAAACUCGCCAGGCGUCUUAGAUUGAAUCGUUUGGGGGAUGAAAGAUUAAAGAACAUAGCCGGUGGGAAAGCUCUUGAAAUGGUUGCAAGAAUUUACAGUGGCAAUCAUCGUCGUUUUGACUUGCCUUUACCACGUUCACAAUCUAAAGACUGCGAUUUCUCGUUCACUGGGAUCCAUGUGUUUACCGAGCAUUUAAUAGAUAAAUUGGAAUCCACAACCGGUGGAAGUGGACAUACACUAGCAAUCCAAGAUAUUGCUGAUAUCUGUGCAUCCAUUCAGUUCGCAAUAACACGUCUUAUUUGUCGACGUGUACAACGUGCCAUUGAAUAUUGCAUAUUACAAGGUGAUGGUGGUGAUAAUGUUUCCAAUGUUGAAAUAACUCGUCCUACUGCUUUAGUUGUGUCUGGUGGUGUCGGAGCUAAUUUAGUUAUUCGAGCUGGAUUGACAGAAGUGGCUAAUCACUACAACAUGAAAUUUGUGUCUCCCCCACCACAUCUAUGCACAGACAAUGGAGUUAUGAUAGCCUGGAAUGGAUACUUGUUACAGAAAGAAAAGUCUCCUCGCAUUACGGAAAAUAUCUCUUCAGUAGAUUUUACACCAAGGUCUACAUUCGGCCUUGAUUUUCGGGAGUCAGUGAAGCAAGCAAAUAUAUCGAUUGAACCAAUCAAACUGCCAGAUUCUGUUUUCCAGACAUAAACAUGUUUUAACUUAUCUGUAGUAUGAACACUUUCGCGAAUAUUGUGCUGUCGAUGUACCCG